CCUGUUUCGUCUUUCUCCCCUUUCCAACCUCCAUUCUUUUGACAGCCCUGGUGAUUCCAUUCAUUCAAUCAUUCCAGUGGUUUAAUUACGUACCAGACAUUCUUUCUCCACACUCGGGCACUUGACCUCCCGCCUCCCCCUUUCUUGGCAACAAAGGGAUCCGCCGAUCUUGGCUCUCAAUGUGCAUUGAACUCAAUGCACCACUGAAACAUAGGCGCUCAUUGACACGUACAGCCUUGCCCUCGACUUCUAACAUAUCGCCCUGGCCUCGCACAGUUAUGCGCCGUUCGCGCGGUUAAGAAAUCACUCUCGACCGCUCCGUCACUCUUUUCGCCCAGCUCGACCUCGUGCGAUACUUCCCUCACACGCCUCAUUUUGACACUGAUUACGACUUUGCCCGGCUGGUCCGAGGAAGUCGACUUCUCAGCUUCCGCGAUCCCGCCAUUCGUCUGACGCCUGAUCGCUCCCUGGCAGGACCAGGUCUACUCCGCGAUGUUUUGCUCCGGAGACCGCGAGAAAGCUGCCGCAAUGGAGGAGAAGUGGGACUAUGUGAACCUCGACGACUUCAAAUCUGAGUCUUGCUGGACUCCCUUCUCGUACUUCUUCCUAUGGGUAUUCCUUAUUAUAUCUCUCGCCGUUUACGGUGUCGACGUCUUCACUGCAGUCAACCUGCUCGCCUUCUCGCGAUGGGCUGGCCGAGUUGAGCCCGCCAUUCCGUUCCAUAUCUCGCGAUGGAUCUUUGCCGCGUGCAUUAUCGCUUCGUUCGUUAUCUUGGUCUACCGAUGGAUCCACGCCGUUCGGGCUAUGCGCUCCGGUAGUAUUACUCGCAGUUUCCUUGACCCGCUUGCCGUUCGUAUACAGAGUUUCCGGCUUGGCAAGCAAGGUCGUGGAUGGAGGAGAUUCCUUGUCUUUGCGGAAUUGACCAAGGAUAGGAAGGCAGCUGAAUAUGUUGCUCUCUAUGCGCACUUUUCUUUUCAAUUCUGGAUGAACACGGUCUUUGCAGAUGGUCCACGUCAAGUCAUCAAUGCUAUCACACUAUACUCGGUCAUGCAGAUGGAUCUUCUCCCUGGCGGCAAAAACGCAGCACAGGAUGAUGGCAGCUCUGGGGCCUCACAAUUCUUCAACAAUGUCAAGAUCCUAGCUGAAGACAACAACCUUCAGGCUGUGGUCCUGUUCGGUAUGCUGUUCACACUGGUCAUCUGGGUGCUCUCCGUCCUGAAAUUGAUCUCGGCAAUCGUACUCUACCUGAUCUUCCUGUUCCAUCAUAUCCCAGCCGAGGACGGCACUCUUUCAACAUACUGCCGCCGCAAGGUUGGUCAGCGUCUGAAGCGUAUCGUGCACCGCAAGAACAACAAGGCACUGGCAAAGGGACUCAAAUUGCAGAACCGGACCCCUACCCAGCCCAGUCUGGUGAGCUCCGAUUCGAAACCGACUCUGCCGUCUAUAGCUGGCGACAAGGCACCCGCCUUCUCUGUGACUACUCUGUCGCGGAGCACCACUGCAACAACCUUGCCGCCUUAUACCCGAUCGAACUCGGCAGCAACCCCGGAACAUAACCCAACACUGCCAAACUUGGACUUCGACACCAAACCGCCCCUGGUCCGAACCACCACCCAGUCCUCGGCGAUGUCGGAAUCAGCUUCCCUGACAGGCAACGCAGCAACAAUGGGUUACAGUCCCCUCGACCGGCAAAACUCACCGGCUCCCCCAGUACCCCCAUUACCAUCCAAUGUCCCACCAAGACUGAACACAUCCCACUCUCGCCCAUACCAGACGACGUUCACCCCAGCACCAGACUACACCUCACCGGACGCCGCCCAGUCAGACGAUUACUUCCAUCGCUCGCACACACCCGCGCACUACGACCCCUACGGUCCGUCACGAGACAUCUACGCCGAAGACAACUACGAAGCGCACGAGUCGCCCUACUACGCGCAGGAUCCAUACUCCGCACGAUCAUAUACGCCAGCCAGCACCGGCGCAACACCCGCUCCAUACGGACGAUCCAUGACUCCGGCAAGCUACCGUCCAACACCACCACCCCAAACACAGACACCCGUCCAGCCUCCGCCACGGACAUACACGCCCAUGACCUCGACAACCCCUGCACCCCAAAACGGAGGCUACGCAGCCUUUAACCCGCCAAUGCCUACCCAAACCCCCAGCCCCAGAAUCGCGCUCAGAGGCCUCCCGCGCUUGCUGGGUAUAACUUCAACCGGGCGAACACUGCGUCGCCGUCUGCUAUGCACCGGGCUCCGCCUGGACAUUCUUUAA